UCGUGGGAAGGAGGGGUACUAGGGGAAGAAGAUAAUGAAUUGGAUGGAUUAAUUAAAUUAGGGUUUUGAGUGAACCUCAAAGUCUUCAUCAGUCAAAACCAGCUGCUUCAUUGCUAGCCACCGAAUCUCUUGAGGCUGUGAAUUACUUUUUCUUGCUUGGUUAUAUUGGAAAUGGCGGAUGCCGAGUCUGACAGGAAUAUCGAGAUAUGGAAAAUCAAGAAACUGAUUAAGGCAUUGGAAUCAGCUAGAGGCAAUGGAACCAGCAUGAUAUCACUUAUCAUGCCUCCACGUGAUCAAAUCUCGCGGGUCGCUAAGAUGCUUGGUGAUGAAUAUGGAACUGCUUCAAAUAUUAAGAGCAGGGUAAAUCGCCAAUCCGUGCUUGGUGCCAUUACUUCAGCCCAGCAGAGGCUAAAACUGUAUAAUAAGGUUCCUCCAAAUGGCUUGGUUCUCUACACUGGAACCAUUGUUACUGAUGAUGGCAAGGAGAAAAAGGUUACAAUUGAUUUCGAGCCCUUUAAACCUAUCAAUGCGUCACUCUACCUGUGUGAUAACAAGUUCCACACUGAAGCUCUGAAUGAACUGUUGGAAUCUGAUGACAAGUUUGGUUUCAUAGUCAUGGAUGGGAAUGGCACUCUUUUUGGCACGCUGAGUGGAAAUACUCGAGAAAUCCUCCAUAAGUUCACUGUCGAUCUUCCCAAAAAACACGGGAGGGGAGGACAGUCAGCUCUUCGUUUUGCACGUCUCAGGAUGGAAAAACGACACAACUAUGUGAGAAAGACUGCAGAACUUGCCACACAGUUCUACAUUAACCCAAGCACCAGCCAGCCUAAUGUUUCUGGCCUUAUACUGGCCGGGUCUGCUGACUUCAAGACCGAACUGAGCCAAUCAGACAUGUUUGAUCCGCGUCUGCAAGCAAAGAUACUUAAUGUGGUUGAUGUAUCUUAUGGUGGAGAAAAUGGUUUUAACCAAGCUAUUGAGUUGUCUGCAGAAAUUCUUUCAAACGUUAAGUUCAUUCAGGAGAAACGCUUAAUUGGUAAGUAUUUCGAGGAAAUCAGUCAGGAUACAGGGAAAUAUGUAUUUGGGACAGACGAUACGUUGAAGAUCCUGGAGAUGGGAGCUAUUGAAACCUUGAUCGUGUGGGAGAAUUUGGAUAUAACAAGAUACAUCUUGAAAAACAGCUCAACGGGUGAGAUUGUGAUUAAACAUCUGAAGAAGGAGCAAGAGGCCGAUCAGAGUAAUUUCAGGGACGCGGCCACCAAUGCUGAGUUGGAGGUCCAGGAAAAGAUGCCAUUGCUGGAGUGGUUUGCCAACGAGUACAAGAAGUUUGGUUGCACUCUUGAAUUUGUCACAAACAAAUCACAAGAGGGGUCUCAGUUCUGCAGAGGAUUUGGUGGAAUUGGGGGAAUUCUUCGUUAUCAGCUCGAUGUAAGAUCGUUGGAUGAGUUGUCAGACGACGGAGGGGAAGCAUAUGACGAUUCUGAUUAGAGUUUUGAAGGCGAAUUAAACUUAUGUUGUAGUAGUACUGUUUUAAGAUUGCUUAUGCCAUUUUGGAGAGAUUACUUUCUUAUUGGUAUUUUGUUUACAA